CUGUUGGUUGAAGCUCUGACUGUACAAAAAAGAAGGUGGCCUUUGCAUGGGACAGGAUGCAUACAUGGAUCCCUUUAGUGCGACAUUUUAUGAAUUGCAAUGCAAAAUCUAUGUUCUGCUAUUAGGUAUCUGUUCUGCAUUAAAGCUGUCAGUACCAUCACAUACAAUCCAUGGCAUUGAAGGGCAGCCACUCCAUCUCUUGGUUGAUUAUAAUUUCAACAUAACAGUUUCCGAUAUUCAGAUAACAUGGAUGUUUGAAGGGCCAUCGAAGCACGCCAUAUCUCUGUUUAUGUCUGUAAAUCAGACACUAGUUUCAGACUUAGAGUUUCAGCAUAAAUUUACAUUUAUGCCUCCCAAUGCAUCACUGCUGAUAAAGUCUUUACACUUUAGCGAUGAAGGCAAUUAUACUGUUAAAAUUACUAUUGUUGGAAAUGGGAGAAUAUCAGCAAGUGAAAAGAUUCACGUUACUGUUGAUGUUCCUGUCACAAAACCAGUGGUAUACACUGAACCUUCUGUUGGAGUUACGGAAUACAAGGGGAACAUUACUUUGAAAUGUACUGUGAGAAACGGCACACGGGUUAUCUACCAGUGGAUGAAAAAUGGAAAUCCCAUUGAAGUCAGCACCAACUACUCUUUGUCUGCAAACCAUGACACAUUGUCAAUUGUCCCUGUUGUUAAAGAAGCUAUUGGGAAUUACAGCUGUUUAGCUGCCAAUUCUGUCAGUGCCAUGCAGAGUGACGUGAUCAUGCCAACUAUUUACUAUGGACCCUAUGGUCUUACAGUAAAUUCUGACAAAGGUCAGAAAAUCGGGAAAGUGUUUACAUUUGAUAAAGGUGAAGCAGUCCAGUUUUAUUGCUCAGCAGAUUCCAAUCCACCAAAUAUUUAUUCAUGGAUCCGGAAAGCAGAGAACUCCACACAUGUUAUUACACAUGGAAGAUAUCUGGAAGUUGCUUCUGAAAAGGUGACAGAGAAAGCCGAAGAGUACAGGUGCAGUGCAUACAAUUACAUGACUGGGAAACGGGAUGAAACUGGCAUCUUUGUGGUAAUUAUACCUAUAGGACCUGCGAAGAUGACCCAAAAAGGAAAAUAUUUGUCACCUCUAGCAAUAAUAACUGGAAUUUCUUUAUUUUUGAUUGUAUCAAUGGCCCUUCUAAUAUUAUGGAACAGAUUUCAGCCUCAUAAAGUUAUACAGAAGAAACUGCAGAGCAGGCCUGAAACUGAUUACAGAAAAGCACAAACCAUUUCAGGACAUGAAAAUGCACUAGAUGAUUUUGGAAUAUAUGAAUUUGUUGCAUUUCCAGACCCUACAGGAAUUUCUAGGGUCUCUAGUCAGUCAGGUACUGGCUCUGAUGUUCAUUGUCAGGAUUUUCAUGGUACAGUUUACGAAAUUAUCAGACAAAUUCCUGAACAACACCAUGACCAUCAGGAUUGUACAUGAAGAGACAAAAGGAAGUAUAUUGAUGAAAUCUGUUUCUGGAGGUGAAUGGAGAAGCAACAACCGCUGGCCAAGCUAUGCCACUUAUAAUGAAAAUGCCAUCUCAGUUUAGCAAAACUUUUUCCUUAUUACUGCAUUCGUAAUAUUUUUGUAUAUGCUUUCUUUAAAUCCUGCUCCCUGGAAGCAGCUGCUGAUUACAAAAGGGACAUUAAGAGUUGCAAAGUCAACAAGCAGGGACAAAAACGUCAACGUGUUGGAUUCUUUAAUUAAAACUUUAUAUUGACCUGCACUGUUGGAGACAAGCUAUAUACUGCCAACAUGAUGAACGCGGUAUGUGUUUAUUAACAAGCACCUGAUUUGGUCAAAAACCAUCCUAAAAUUUUCAGUACAAGACUGCAGCUGAAACAAAUAAAGUGACUUUUGUGGCUAUUAUA